UUUGUUGAACCAGACCAUGCUCUGUAAAUUCUGGAUUCAGGUAUUGGUUGCCGUAAGCCUAUUGACAGUUUCAUUUGGUCAAGUCAGUUUCUCUACGAGCUGGGGUAGUGGGAAAAGGUCCUCUAAUACAGCUCCAUUGGUCGACGACAUCUGUUUGACUAAGACAGAUACGAAAUUAUUGUACGAUUUAAUGAGGGUUAUACAGAGGCAAGCAGAACGCAUAAUUGCCUGCAGUCGCAAUUACGAUGAAUUGAAGCGGACUCUCUCACAUAUCUGGAGGACAAACGUCAUAUCCUCUACGUCAUAUCCUCUAUGCAAUUUUAAACGAGAAUACGAGAAAGAAGAGGAACAAUCAUUAAUUUUGCGACAAAUACUUCGAAUUUUCUAUCAAAAAUUUUAUUUCCAAAAACAAACUUUUUUAGAAUAUUUGCAAGCAGAGCAAUCUGGAAGGUGGUUGUGUUAUUUUUGGAAAAGUUCACAACUGUUAUCAAUAUAAUGAAGAUGAGAUAUGAAUUAUCAUGCAAUUUCAAAAUUAAUUAAUGAUAAGACAUGUAACAUACAUGUAUGUAAAUGAUGGAACGUCUGUAUAUUAUUAAUUCUUGGAAAUCGUAUGUUAUUUCUUUAGUGCUAUAUAUAUUUGUUUUUAAUAU